GGUUUCAACACCACUGUUGUGCAGGCAGCUGGAGACCUUUCUGCCCAGGAAGCCCAGGAAGAAGGUGCUCUCCAGGAGCUGUGCAUGGACAUCCUGGGGUCACUGGACCUCUCUGUGAGAGGGAUGUCCAAACUCCUGUGGCCGCGGCUGCUGUUGUUCGUGGUGCCAGCCCAGUACACUGGCAUGCUGAUCCCGGUCUCCCGCUGUGUCCGAGCCCUAGCCGAGAGAGAGAAUCUGACUGGACGGCGGAUAGAAGACCUGGAUCCCCAUUUUGUCAGCUCCAUGUUUCAAGGCCCACGACUGACUCCCCAGACACUGCUGGCACGCCUGUUGGUGGUGGCAGGGAGCCCUGUUGCAGGCAGCGAACUCCAAGCUGCUGCCUUACAACUGAUGCAAAACCUGCACAGCAGGUUCCACAGAGCUGUGGGGGCCAUGUGGGCUGCUGAGAUCCCCCUGCUGCUGCAGUGUCUUGAAGGGAAAGACGAGAGCUUCCCGGACUCUGCAGAGUGGGAGCGCCGGCUGCUAAAGGUACAGCAUUGCCGGGAGGCGCGGUGCAGAGAAGUGCUUGCCUGCCCCAAUCCAAGGGGUCUUAGGAGAAGAGCAGCAGGCGGCUUUAAUGGAGGGAAUCUUCUUCCUUCCCUUCCCAUGCAGUCUUUCCUGUACAAGGCUCUGGGGACAGUGCUGGGAGCCUGUAAGGGAGUCCUCCACGUCCAGGAGAAGCUGCUGCAGCACCUGGAGGAAGCAAACGCGGAGGAGCCUUCUUUUGUGCAGGGAAUCAUCUCUCUUCUCAGCCAUGCUGCUGAGAGUCACUUCCCAACAGUCCUGGCCACGCUCACCAUGUUUGCGUCCAGGCUGUGCAAAGGCCGCAACGCGAGGAUUUCCAGGCGCAAGAAGAUGGAGCUGGACAGCACGAGAGCUCAUGCCACACGCAGCGCUCUCAUGCUCGCCCACGGCAGCUUGGCACUGCGCGCCUCCAAGGAGCAGCUGCUCGCCCACCUGGAGGGAGACAUCGUGGGCAACAUCCUGAUGCUCUACAGCUGCAGCUGCCGGGACUUGCAGAACAAGCUCGCGCUGGUGCAGAGCAUCACCGACUGCAGCUCUGCCUUCCAAGCUGUGGGUGAUUCUGCAUGCUUUAACCGCUCCUUGAAGGGAAAGCUUCUGGACAUCCUGAUGGACCUGCUGAAGAAAUAUUACUCGGGCAUCCCUGUCUCCCCAGUGCCCCUCAAGGUGGUUCUGGCCCUGGAGCAGUUGAGUAAGCUGAAGCCCUCUUUCGAAGGCAAGGACAUGCAUGAGAUGUUGGUCCUGUGCUGCAAAAGCAUCGUGACACACCCUUCAGCAGAGAUGAUGCUGAAGAUCAGGAAGUCACAGCAAGCAGCGCAGUACCUGCAGCUUCAGCAAAGGUCACUGAAAGCUCUGGGCCGGCUCAUGGCGGUCCUGCUCGAGACAGAGCCCACCGGUGGCUUCUUUCAGAGCAUCGUUCAUGUGAGUAUGUGUGGGGCAAGGGAGAAAGCACG